AAAACUUGGAAAGCCCAAAUCCAAUAUGCAUCUCUGAAACGCUGCAAAAAAGGCAAAAACGAAGUUUGAAUCGCACGUGCAAUUUUCAAACUAGUCGCUCAUUGUAGCUGCUGCUGCUUCUUCUUCUUCUGUGUUGAAUUUUUUCUCUCUCGGUUCCAAUAAUCUUAGUUGUUUGAAGAGUUAUAAUCGAAGCUAUUUUGUUAUUGUUCAUUCAUACACGUGAAUUGAAAAUUUGAGAGUAGAGAAUGGAUAGUAAAAGUAAUACCAAAACUCCAAAGAAGAACGGAAACAAUUCUAACUCAGCCACCCCCGAAAUUAAUUGCUAUGAAGGAGAGCCUCUUACCAAUUUGCUCCAAUCAAUCCUUAGGGGAAUUGAAUCCGCAAGACAUUUAGAUGGAAGUUCCUUGCCAGAAAAGAUAUGGAUUAAGCAACAAUUUGCUAUCGGGGUCAAUGACGUAACUCGCGUCCUUGAGCGUAUGAAACCGUGUGCUGAGUUUGAAAAGUCAGCUCAACUCCUCCCUUCAAUCACAAGCAAUCAUAAAACAUCUUCAGUUAAACUUCAGGCUGUGCUUGUAGCUUCUGACUGUAACCCGCGUUGGCUAACAAAGCAUCUGCAAAGUUUGGCUGCAUCAAGGAGUGUGCCCCUGAUCUUUGUUAAGGAUAAUAAAGAAGGUUCUUUGAGAUUAGGUGAACUUGUUAAAUUGAAAACUGCCAUUGCUAUUGGAAUUAAGGUUAAAGGAAAUGUUAUUAAUAAAAUUAUUGAGGAUAUCAUUCAAGCAGAUGAAUGUAGGCUCCGACCUGAUAGACCAAAUUCAGAUGGAAUAUUUGACAAUUUACAAGACCCUGACAAAAAGGGAAAUGCUGUCACAAAUAUAAUCUAAUCACUAAGUUUAGGAUUAAGUGAUUAACCCCUAUUUUUGGCCCUGUAUUCUAAAGAUGUAGUUUUUUUCUUUCUUUUGGGGGUAAGAAUGGUGUAGUUCUUUGUAGCUUGCCCUGUGUUACAUUUUCAACAUUUUAAAGUUUGAGCAACACAGUCAUUUAUAA